AUGCUGGAUCAGCUAACAGAUAGAGCGGGAACCGCCGGCCUUAUGAUGACACUGGCUACUUUGUAUCCAAAGUAUACCUUCUGGCUUCAAAUUUCCUUGGCAAUUGACAUCACCUGCCACUGGCUCUACCUUCAUACUGUAACACUACAAGGGAGGACAUCCCACAAGUUUGUUGAUAUGUCGGACAACCCCAUCAUGCAUUUGUACUAUACAAACAAAAAUGUACUAUUCUUCAUGUGUGCCGGAAACGAAAUGUUCUAUGCUGCACUGUAUGUCAUGUACUUUUAUACUGGCCCAAUCGUGUUUGGUAUCGGUUUAUUCAAACUGCUGGCUCUGAUUUCAAUGCCCAUCGCUGUAGUGAAGGCGGCCAUAUCCGUUCUACACGGCAUUGUUGCUUCCAUCAACCUGUCAAUUAUUGAUUGUAAUGAACGCGCCGCUUUCGUUAAGAAAGAUGGCUAG